GGUGGGAGAACCGCAGAGCCGCCCGGCGGGGCGCGGCGGGGCGGGGCCGGCCCAGAGGAAGUGCGACUGCCGCGCGGCCUUCUGGGACCGGAAGUGCGGCGCACGCUGCGGUCGGCGGGCGAGGCGGCGGGCAUGGCGGCGGCGCGGGGCCGCAAGCGGCGGCUGGCGGAGCUGACCGUGGACGAGUUCUUGGCCUCGGGCUUUGACUCUGAGUCCGAGUCCGAGUCCGAAGGAACCCCGGACGCGGAGCCACGGGCGGGGCGCGGAGCCGGGCGGAGCCGGGACGGGCCGGGCGGGAGCCCUGCGGCCAGCCGGCGUCAAGGCUGUGCAUCUGAGCACAAGGACCAGCUCUCUCGGCUGAAGGACAGAGACCCCGAGUUCUACAAGUUCCUGCAGGAGAACGACCAGAGCCUGCUGAACUUUAGCGAUUCAGACAGCUCUGAGGACGAAGAGGAGCAGCUCCACUCCCUGCCAGAUGUGCUGGAAGAAGCAAGUGAAGAGGGAAACGAGGAGGGUGAGGAUGGGUUCCGCAGAGGAUCACAGGGGAAGAAGAGGGAUUUUGCUCCUGUGACUCUUGCCAUGGUUGAGAGAUGGAAGCAGGCAGCAAAGCAGCACCUUACUCCAAAGUUGUUCCAUGAAGUUGUGCAGGCGUUCCGAGCAGCUGUGGCCACCACCCAAGGAGACCAGGAACGUGCUGAGGCCAGCAAAUUCCAGGUUACUGACAGUGCCGUGUUCAACGCUCUCGUCACCUUCUGCAUCAGAGAUCUGUUGAGCUGCCUCCAGAAGCUGCUCUUGGAAAGAGCCCCAAAGGACAACAGCAGGGUGCUGCAGCCGUCCAGUAGCCCACUGUGGGGGAAGCUCCGCCUGGACGUCAAGGCUUACCUCAGCUCGGUCAUACAGCUGGUGGCCUGCGUGGCAGAGGCAACAGUGGCAGCAGCCGUCCUUCAGCAUGUCAGCAGUGCUGUGCCCUACUACCUGACCUUCCCCAAGCAGUGCCGCGUGUUGCUCAAGAGGAUGGUGGUCUUGUGGAGCACGGGCGAGGAGACACUGCGAGUACUGGCCUUCCUUGUCCUCAUCAGAGUCUGCCGGCACAAGAAGGACACCUUCCUGAGCCCCGUCCUCAAGCAAAUGUACAUCACGUACGUGAGGAACUGCAAGUUCACCUCCCCCAGCGCCCUGCCCCUUAUCAACUUCAUGCAGCGGACUCUGACCGAGUUGUUUGCCCUGGACACCAGCGUUGCCUACCAGCAUGCCUUCCUCUACAUCCGCCAGCUUGCCAUCCACCUGCGCAACGCAAUGACCACGUGCAAGAAGGAGACAUACCAGUCAGUGUACAACUGGCAAUUUGUGCACUGCCUCUACCUGUGGUGUCGUGCCCUCAGCACCAUCUGUCCCAGCGAAGCCCUCCAGCCAUUGAUCUACCCUCUCUCCCAGGUUGUCAUCGGCUGCAUCAAGCUGGUCCCCACUGCCCGCUUCUAUCCGCUCCGCAUGCACUGUGUGCGCGCCCUGACUCUGCUCUCGGAGAGCACUGGCACCUUUAUCCCGGUGCUGCCCUUCAUCCUAGAGGUUUUCCAGCAGGUUGACUUCAACAGGAGGCCAGGGCGCAUGAGCUCCAAGCCCAUCAACUUCGCCGUGAUCCUGAAACUGUCCAAGCUUAACCUGCAGGAGAAGGCAUACCGGGAUGGCCUGGUGGAACAGCUAUACGACCUCACGCUGGAGUACCUGCACAGCCAGGCCCACAGCAUCGCGUUCCCUGAGCUGGCGCUGCCCGCCAUCCUGCAGCUAAAGUCCUUUCUCCGGGAGUGCAAAGUGGCCAACUAUUGCCGGCAGGUGCGCCAGCUGCUUGAGAAGGUGCAGGAGAACGUAGAGUUCAUCCACAGCCAGCGCCAGAGGGUCUCCUUUGGUGUGUCUGAACAGCACGCAGCGGAUGCCUGGGAGAAGCAGACCCGUGAGGAGGGAACACCACUCACCAAGUACUACAGCCAGUGGCGGAAGCUGAGGGACCGAGAGAUCCAGCUGGAGAUCAGCGGAAAAGAGCGGUUGGAAGACUUGAACUUCCCAGAGAUAAAGCGGCGGAAGGUGGGGGACAGGAAGGAUGAGGACAGGGAAGAAUUCAAGGAUCUCUUUGACCUGGACAGUGAUGAGGACGAUGAUACUACGGACUUCUCAGAGAGAGGGACGCCUGGGUCCCCAAGACCUCGGCAGAGGGUAGAGGAGGAGGAGGAGGAGGAGGAGGAGGAUGGCAGCAGGAGUGGUCCAGAGGAAGCCAGUGACUCAGAGGAUGGAGGCCCAGACGCAGAGGCGGGGCUGGACCCCAGGGAGCUGUGGCAACUGGCCCAGGGGCCGGAGGACGAGCUGCAGGAUCUUCUGCUCUCCGAGGAGGACUGAGGGCCACCUGGGGCUGCUGUGCAGUGUCCCCGCCUUGCGGGCAGGGCAGUCAGCAUGCAGCUUCCUGGCUGGGCUGGCUGGCACUGAGCCCAGAAGCCCUGAGGUCACCGAGUAUGCAGGGGGGAAGGGCAGCUGUUGGUGGACGGGGCUUUAUUCUUACAACAUGAAAGACCAUAACAUACCGA